CAACUAACCUACCUCACUACUCCCACUCUCACUCCACUUCAACCACCACCACCACGAUCGCAACAGCACCAAACUGCGAAUCAAAUCUCCAAUUCAACAUGGCCGACCAGACCAUACCCCCACCUGCGGCUCCUCCCAUCGUCCCCAUCCCCAAUGGUACCGCUACCUUCCCAGCCUCAGAUGCCGCUGGACAGACCGUUGCUGCCAUAGCGCAGGCCGAUACCAUCAGCGCUGACGAGAUCGCCCUCUACGAUCGCCAGAUCCGACUCUGGGGAGUCCAGGCCCAGGAGAGGAUCCGCACCGCAAACGUCCUCCUCGUCUCAAUAAAGGCGCUCGCAAACGAGGUAGCAAAAAAUUUAGUCCUGGCUGGAAUUGGCUCUAUAACAUUGGCCGAUCACGAGGUGGUCACGGAAGACGACCUCGGCGCUCAAUUCUUCGUCUCCGAGGCCGACGUAGGCAAGAACCGCGCCGAAGCUUCUGCCCCUCAAAUCCAGAAACUCAAUCCCCGCGUCAAGGUCAACGUUAUCACACGCGACAUCAAGCAAGAACAGGAUGUCAACUUCUACGCCGCAUUCGACGUCAUCAUAGCCACCGACCUCGACUUCCUCUCCCUCAGCAGCCUCGACUCCGGCGCGCGCCUCGCACAACGGCCGUUCUACGCCGGUGGAGCGCAUGGCUUCUACGGCUUCAUCUUUGCCGACCUCGGACAGCAUGAUUUCGUGGUGGAGCGCGAGAAGUCGAAUCGGCCGACCGUAGCGGGGCCGGAAACAACAACUCGGUCCGUCUUGGGCAGCACAACGAAGAAAGAGAACGGAAAGGUCAUCGAGAUGGUAACGAAGCGCGAGCUGUAUACCCCGUUGCUACUAGCCAACACCUCCCCACUCCCCCCAGACAUGAUGAAGAGCAUACGCAAGCUCCGAAAAGUGCACCCGCUCCUCACCUGCAUCCGCACGCUCUGGGACUACCAGCGCAACGGCCACGGCUACCUGCCCACCCACGCGCACUCCGACCUCCAACUCUUCACCCAGCUCGCGACCGAGAAGCACAAGGAACUUCUCCUCCCGCCCGAGACCCUCAAAGCCGAGUUCCUGCGCAGCUUCCUGCAGAACCUGGGCAGCGAAAUCGCACCCGUCACCGCAUUCCUCGGCGGCCAGCUCGCCCAGGACGUCAUCAACGUGCUCGGCAAGCGCGAGCAACCGAUACAGAACUUGAUGCUGUUCGACGGCGAGGAGAGCGUGGGCCCGAUCUACUCUCUCCACCCGAUCUUCGAGGACGGCCCUGUGGUCCCUUUGCCAGUCACCGUGCCCAGCGCAUCCGUAGUCGUCGUCUAAGCGAAAGGACUGGAAGGAAUUCCUGCCCUAGGGCUCUCUUGUAUAGAUUAGCGGGCGAAUAUUGGUCUUCUGGAGUUUAACAGUUCGGUGUGCAGGGAAGAAGUGUUUGCCUCGGACACGAGGUUCGAAUACAAUCUGGUCUCUUUUUCUUUGGGCAGGGAGGGUCGGCAGGGGGAUUUUCAUUUCAUUUUCCUUCUCGGCGGACACACAUGCAUGAAAAAAAAGAUACCCUACAUAUGAAUGCCCCCGGACGACCGAUGCAUGGAUGGAUGGAUGUAGGGCGCGGCACAUAGCAUAGCAUAGAGAAAACAC